AUGUCUGGCAUUUCCAAGCAGAUAUCUGAAUCGUUGUGGAAUUAUCGCUCAGUCUACAAACGCGUCGGGCAAAUCAUUACCCUCUGCCUCAAACGAUUCGAAGGUGAUACUGACCAAGAGCCCAGAGCCGACCAUCUGUCCCAACGAAUCCAGAUCAGUCCACCCAUCAACUCUUCAACACUGAAGCUAUACUAUACUGUACUUGACAAGACGGGUGUUCUGACAGGAACUGGAUGUGCAGGGAAGUUUGUUGGUUGUCUGCUUGACUUGCGUAAAGCAACAACCUUCACGGACGUACCCAUUGAUUUGUGUUCCAACUGCACCCUCCAGGCCCAUUUUGCAAUCAUCACCACUCGCAAGUGCAAUUCUUCCAUUAGCUACCAGUACAAUCACGGGAGACUAGAUCAGUCUGGGAUCCUCCCUAUGGACUUCAUCCAUUGUGGAGGACUCUGA